AUGGCGGAUCGAGCGGCUUGGAAGAAUUUUAAAAAGCAAAUGACAGCGAAACGAGGAAAUAAAAAGAAUACAUCUGGUGUUAAAAUACUAGAGGAAGAGUCAAUGACGGUCCAACGUUUGAGUGCGGAUGUGUCGGGUAAGGCACAGAAGUACACGAGAGUUGGCGCAAGGGAAUUCGUUCCUUUCGAAUACGAGGAAGUGACGGUAGAAAAUAUCAAACUGGCAUGCUUAAACCAUUUCGACAUCAGUGAAACUGCCGUUUGUGAUGUUUUAGCAGGUGAGCAGGGCCCGUCCUGUUCUUCUGUUAAACAAAUACCAAACUUGAGCGUCAUCCAUGUGCGCUUUAUUGAUGGCGAAGACGUAGCGAAUAAGCCAGCUAUUAAAGAAAACCCCGUUCCAAUAAAGAAACGAAAGACUGCAGUCGAAUCAGUCCAGUUGUUUCCUGCCGGCGCUACAGCAACAACCUCAGUAUCGUCAACGGCCGUUAAAACAAAGUUUAUACCCCGAAGUAUGUCCGCAGUCGAAAUGUUGAGGCUCGGUAAAGAAAUAAAAUCAACGCAUGACAUAACGGAGAUUCGCAUUUACGGGUUCGACCUUGGCAAUAUGUCUUGGGCACCAACACCUAACAAGGUGGACUUUGUCAUUGCCAAAGACCCAAUUGGCACCGGAGGAUUUCGGCAAGCCUUUAAAGCCACAAGUCAAACGAAAGGCUUCGACAAAGCGCCAUGGGUCGUAAAAAAGAACCUAAAGCAAACGGUAGAUGAUAUCGAGUAUUUGGGACAAACUGUUGAGCAACACACAAAAAAGACAGUUCAGAUGCACAACCUCGCCAGGGAUUUUACGGUCAGAUUACAGCAGGAAGUCGUUAAAAAAGGGAAAGCUGGCGAGUUUGGUGAAGUGUUGCAAUACAACAAAGUUUUCUUUGGAAAAUGUGGGGAUGAAUGCGUAACAGUUGAAGAUUUCAUUCCCGGUACUUUCGAUAAACAUGUAAACAACACUGGACAUGUUUGCGGUAAUACCGAAACUGAUCUCUGCCAGAAAGCGGAAUGCUUUGCGCAUUACUCUUUUGAAAGAUCCGACAAGCAAUUGAUAGUGUUGGACAUUCAAGGGUGUGAUUACAUGCUGUGUGAUCCUGAAGUGGCUACCAAAGAAACAAGUUCAGAUGGGGAAUUCUUGUUUUGCACCGGAAAUUUAUCCAGCACGGCAAUUGAGCAGUUUACCAGUUCACAUGUGUGCAACAAAUUUUGCAAAAUACUGGACCUGCCAAUGCUAAAAGAGUAA